AAAGUUAUAUGAAACCUGACAGAUUUUCAGACUGCACCUCGCGGUUGGAUAUCAGGACUGUGUGGCUGUAGUGUGGUCCUGAGUUUGUAUGAGAGCAGCAUUUUCUGUGGGUUGCCAUGGAGUCGUUCGGCAGACAGGAGUUUUUGUGGUUUCUUGCUGAGGGCUGUAUAAUUCCCACUGCAUGGCAAGGUCUGGAGCAGGUAUGGCAGCUGAUGCUCGUCUGCUGCCUCUGCCGAAUCAUCUGCAGAAUGGGUUUUCCGAAUUACACGAAGCACAUGAUUUCAGUGGCAGGAGGCCUCUAUGUGCUUUAUGUCUUCUUUGAGCAGCACAUGAUUUGGGUGAUCGCGCUCAGUCUUGUGUGCUUUCUCAUUCUCUUUCUCUGCCAAAAGUCCAGCAGUCGAGGAGUCUUCCUUUCCAUCGCUAUUCUCAUCUACAUGCUUAUGGGAGAGCUGCAUUUGAUAGAUGCCGAAACCUGGCAUAAGAUGAGGGGCUCUCAAAUGGUUGUGGCCAUGAAGGCUAUCUCUCUGGCCUUUGACCUUGACAGAGGAGCAGUGUCCUCAUUUCCUACAAUACUGGAGUUUUUGGGUUACAUAUGGUUUGCUGGGACAGUGAUCUUUGGCCCAUGGAUUAGCUUUAUGAGCUACAGAGAUGCUGUGGAUGGGCGUAAAAUGAAUUUCUCCUGGUUUAUAAAGAUCGCUUCAAGUUUUGUAAAGAGUCAAGUGUGUCUUGUUAUCUCCACCUGCAUCGCUCCAUAUCUCUUCCCUUACUUCAUUCCCAUCAGUGGUGAUGGGCUACCUCACAGAUGGCUUCAUGCAUAUGAGAACGCCCUGUCUUUCCACUUCAGUAACUACUUUGUUAGUUAUCUGAGUGAGACUACCAUGGUUCUGGCUGGAGCUGGAUUUACUGCACACAAAGACAAUCUGAAAUGGGAUGUAACUGUGGCAAAGCCUCUCAAUGUUGAACUGCCCAGAUCUAUGGUGGAAGUGGUGACCUCAUGGAACCUGCCCAUGUCUGUCUGGCUAAACAAAUAUGUGUUUAAGAGUGCACUUAAACUUGGUACAUUUCCUGCCAUCUUGGUGACGUACACAGCCAGUACGCUUUUACAUGGUCUGAGCUUUCACUUGGGCGCCGUGCUGUUGUCCUUGGGCUUUAUCACUUACGUAGAACAUGUUCUUAGAAAGAGGCUGGCAGCUAUCUUUAGUGCCUGCAUACUGUCCAAGCGCUGUCCAAGUGACUGUCAUCAUCAGAACAAAAGGGAUGUGUGGGUGUUUGGGAUUAAUCUGUUCUUUAGCGCAUUGUCCAUAUUUCACCUGAUAUACCUGGGCUCACUCUUUGACUUGGAUGCUGAAGAUGAAAAGGGUCACAUGGCUAGUCACACUAUACAGAAGUGGUCGGAGCUAAACUGGGCAAGCCACUGGGUGACGUUGGGGUGCUUUGUCUUCUAUUGGCUCAUUUAAAAUCCAAAUGUGAAAAAAGACAACCUGCACAGGACAAGCUGAAGACGAUCCCAGCGACUCACUGCUUGUUUUUUUUAUCUGGAGCUGCAGAGAUUGCAGGAAGUACACCAUUACUGCUUUUAUCCUUUAUAUUGUUAUUUUUAGAUUUAGAUGAAAGUCUUGAAAGUAUUUUCCCAGUCACGUACUGUAUAUUAUGCAUAUGAAACAUGUAAAAAUGCAUCAUUUUUGUUACAAGAACCUUUUAUAUUUUGACAAUACAGCUGACAUGUAAAGAUAUUUAUUAUUUUCUAAUAAAAAACAUGCUCCAUCUGUU